GCAACAUCAGCCCGCAACAAAGCUCGAGUCAGGAUAGUAGCGGCUUUGAGGGGGAAUUAAAAAAAUAAUAAUAAUUAAAUAAUAAUAGCAGCAGCAGCGUUCUAGUUAACUAAUACCAGAGCUUCAUAUCUAUAUUUAGCGAGUUAUAAAACAACGCAAAUAUGGUUGCGAUGACGAAAAGGGUGAAGGUCUUCCAGAUCGAGUUCAGUGAUCCGUCCAAGGCUUUUUACUGCAGCGGGGACAAAGUGGCCGGAAAGAUCGUGGUCGAGGUGAAUGAGGCUACACGGGUCUCGGUGAUGAAAGUGCUCGGUAUCGGUUGCGCCAAAGUGGAUUACGCUAAGGGUAAACAAAGAUGUCGGCAAGAAAUCGACUACCUGAAGUAUGAGGAAGUGGUUCAUCUGGACGACCACCCUGCAGAUACUGAUGGUUCGGUUAUCCUCAGGCCUGGAAACAAAUACGAAUACACCUUUGGCUUUGAGCUUCCACAGCAAGGGCAGCUCGUGUCUUCGUACGAAGGAAAGUUUGGCAGCGUACAGUACUACGUCAAAGCCUUGAUGGAGAGGCCGUCUCAACCUGCGCUGGAGUGCAAGAAAAACUUCGAGGUUGAAGAGCCGCUGGAUGUGAACACGCCGGACUUGCUGUCUCCUGCAGGCGGCAUGAAGGAGAAAAAGGUCACCUGCAUGUUCAUCCCUGAUGGCCAGGUGUCCCUGAACGCUAAGAUUGACAGACGUGGUUUCUGCGAAGGUGAAGAAAUCUUCAUCGAUGCCAAGUUUGAGAACACCUGCUCUCGCAUCGUCGUGCCCAAAGCCGCCAUUGUAGCCAAACAGACCUACCAAGCCAACGGGCACACCAAAGUGUUCCGACAGAAGCUUUCCUCGGUUCGUGGGAAUCACAUCAUCUCAGGGAUGUGUGACGCAUGGCUUGGGAAGUCCAUCCGUGUGCCCAAAAUCAAACCCUCCAUUCUGGGUUGUGGCAUCAUGCGCGUGGAAUACGCGCUCAUGAUCUACAUGCACAUUCCUGGUAGUGAGAAGCUGGUCCUGGAGCUGCCCCUGGUCAUCGGGACCGUGCCCUACAGUGGGAUGAACAGCCGCAGCAACAGCAUGAGCAGCCAAGAAAGCACGGCGUCUGCCAGCUGGGUGUCCCUGCGAAUGCCGUCCUCGUGUCCACCCAGCUACUGCGACGUGACACGCGACGUCCGCCUUGACCAGCCACUCACGCCACUGUUGGACGACUACGAUGGAGGGGACAGUCCUAUCUUCAUGAACAGUUCACAAUUCCCCUUCCCUCCACUUCCACCAUACUCUGAGGUGGAGGAAGAGUACAACGGCAACACCCGCAUGCUUCCAGUGUAUUGAACAGCAUCCCAAAACCAGAUGCCAGUCUCACUUCUUCUGACCAUUCCGGAACUGUUGAAGCUUUCCCGAAGCUGAGGAUGAGUUAAAAUGCCGGCAGAGAGGCGAGAGUCGGACGAAGAGGGUCCAGCGCUCCGGGUUUUCCAUGUCUGUGCUGUCACGAUGCUCAAGUGAAGCUUUCCGAGCGUGUUGUGGUGAACUUUCAGGGACUGAACGAGCACACUGUUUGCCGUGUUUCGUUUCACUGUUACAAGCUGCCCAUCUUUAGCUUGAGAUUCCUGCUGAACCAAGGCUUAUACUUGCCUUACUCUGAGACAUUCCUUAAAAAAAAAAAAAGGGGGGGGCACAAAACAACUUCCAAGCUUUUAGUUCUGCAGCUGUUCUGAAUCAUUCUGUAGAAAUCCUAUGUUGUAGGAGACUUUAUUUGAGGAAGUGUUUGAUUUUGAUAUGGAUCAGUGUUUAUUCUUAUUAAAGCUGUUUCUUCUCUAAUGCACUUUCGUUUGGAUGCAGUUGGCUUCCUGACUGCCUAAAGAGACUACUCCUUCCGUAUUAUUAUUUUGUCUUCCACUUUUGUGUUGCUUCCUCCUGUGUGAUCUGUACAUCACGAAAGUUCCACUGAGGCACUGUGGGGGUUUUUUUUGGAUUGUGGACUUUCCUAUUUUUAGUGGGCCAAGCGAUAUCUUGACACUAAACGUGCCAAAAUUGGGGUGCUUAUGUUAUUUCGCCAGAUCAGGAAAUGCACCGUUCUUGAAUGUUAUCUUUAAUUUCCCAGCAAUUUUUUCAUAUCGAAUCUUCUGUGAUUUUUGUAUGAGGUAUUGCUUAUUUUAUUUUGUAUUAGAAGUUAUGUUUUUUAUAUCUGAACCCUAUGGGUUAGUUUUCAAUAAAAGACUAAAUAUUA